AUGUCUUCGGCGCUGGCGUUGCGAUUGGGGAAGCGCGUCCCAUUACCAACGCUGUCGUCACAUGGUCUCGCAUUGUCACGCCAUAUCCCAGCGAGAAAUGCUGUUUCAAGAAUCCAACAGGGGACCCUCUUUCUUGCAUCACGCGCCCACAGCAGCAUUCGAACCCCUCCUCCACACCCCAACCGCUUCUACUCUAGCUCGGUACUACUGGGCACUUCAUAUGCCCCUCAAACACGAUCUCUUGACCGACUCCGAACAAACACCUUGCGAUUGCGCAGCAACCCGCCUGCACGACUUUGCUCCUACCGCCGAAACAACAUGUGCAAACUCCACGACGUCGACAUGGGAGGUGGGGUCGGCGCAAACAACGCCGCCGGGCGCGAGCUCCUGCCCACGAACGUUGUGCCCAAGCACUAUGACUUAACUCUCGAACCGGACUUGGAAAAGUUUACUUUCAACGGCAGCGUUGUUGUUCACUUGGACGUUGCCGAAGACUCCAAAUCAAUUUCCCUACACACCCUCGAGAUUGAUGUGAAGAGCGCAAAGGUCACAUCUGGAGGACAAACCAUUACAUCAUCGCCCAAGAUCUCCUACAAUGAGGACACACAGGUUACCAAGAUCGACUUUGACGAAACCAUUAGCAAAGGAAGCAAAGCCGAGCUGACGAUUGACUUCACCGGUACCCUCAAUGACAAAAUGGCUGGCUUCUACCGCGCUGUCUAUAAGAGGGAUGAUGGUUCAGAGGGUGUCCUCGCCGUCACACAGAUGGAGCCUACAGACGCACGGAGAGCUUUCCCUUGUUUCGAUGAGCCGUCUUUGAAGGCUACCUUUGCAGUCACUCUUGUCGCGGACAAGAAGCUGACUUGUCUGAGCAACAUGGAUGUUGCUUCCGAAAGUGAGGUCCAGUCUGCAUUGACUGGCACCACCAAGAAAGCCGUCAAGUUCCACAACUCGCCCCUCAUGUCUACGUACCUCCUCGCAUUCAUUGUGGGCGAGCUUAAUUAUAUCGAGACGAAAGAUUUCCGUGUACCCGUCCGUGUCUAUGCGCCGCCCGGUCUCAACAUCGAGCAUGGCCGUUUCUCGCUCGACCUGGCGGCCAAGACACUGGCGUUUUACGAGAAGGUUUUCGGCAUUGACUUCCCCCUGCCCAAGAUGGACCAGGUCGCUAUUCCCGAUUUUGCCCAAGGAGCCAUGGAGAACUGGGGUCUCGUCACUUACCGUGUUGUUGACCUUCUUCUGGACGAGAAGGUUAGCGGAGCGGCCACAAAGGAGCGUGUUGCCGAGGUGGUGCAGCACGAGCUGGCGCACCAAUGGUUCGGUAACCUGGUCACAAUGGACUGGUGGGAUGGUCUUUGGCUGAACGAGGGCUUCGCCACGUGGGCUUCGUGGUACUCGUGCAACGUCUUCUUCCCCGAAUGGAAGGUCUGGGAGUCGUACGUUACAGACACCCUGCAGUCAGCAUUGUCUCUCGACUCUCUGAGGAGCAGUCACCCCAUUGAGGUUCCCGUGAAACGUGCGGACGAGAUCAACCAGAUCUUUGAUUCCAUCAGCUACGCCAAGGGUUCGUGUGUGCUUCGCAUGAUCUCAACGUACUUGGGCGAGGACGUCUUCCUCGAGGGUGUCAGGCAAUAUCUCAAGAAGCAUGCCUACGGCAACACGCAGACGGACGACUUGUGGGAUUCGCUCGCCAAGGCAAGCGGUAAGCCUGUGCACGAGGUGAUGACUUGUUGGACCAAGAAUGUCGGCUACCCCGUGAUCACUGUUACGGAGAACGAGAAAGAAAACAGCAUCCACUUGAAGCAAAACCGUUUCUUGAGGACUGGUGACACUAAGCCGGAGGAGGACCAAGUGCUUUACCCUGUUCUGCUUGGCCUGCGUACCAAGGACGGCAUUGAUGAGUCUAGGACGCUCACCGACAGGGAGGGCGACUUCAAGCUGCCCGAUGUGGACUUUUUCAAGCUCAAUGCCAACCACACGAGCCUCUUCCGUACCUCGUACUCUCCGGAGCGACUGGAAAAGCUGGGCAACGCUGCCAAGAACGGAUUGCUUUCAGUUGAGGAUCGCGCUGGCAUGCUUGCUGAUGCGGGCGCUCUGGCUGUUUCGGGCUACCAAAAGACUUCGGGCGUUUUGAAUUUGCUCAAAGGCUACAACUCGGAGUCGCAGUUUGUUGUUUGGAACGAAAUCAUUGGUCGUCUGGGCUCCGUACACAGUGCCUGGAUGUUUGAGGAUAAGGCUAUCAAGGAUAGCCUUGAGGCGUUCCAGCGAGACCUGAUUAGCUCCAGGGCCCACAAGAUGGGAUGGUCCUUCUCGGAAAGUGAUGGGCAUAUCGAGCAACAGUUCAAGGCGCUCCUCUUUGGAUCUGCUGGAAUUGCUGGUGACAAGGAAAUCGUUGCUGCUGCCAAGGAUAUGUUCAAGAAGUUCAUGGAUGGCGACAAGUCUGCCAUUCACCCCAAUAUUCGUGGCAGCGUUUUUGCCAUGGCUUUGAAGUACGGGGGCGAUGACGAGUACAACCGUAUCCUGAACUUCUACCGCACAUCCACCAACAGCGAUGAGCGCAACACGGCGCUCCGAAGCCUUGGCCGGUCCAACAAGCCUGAGCACAUCAAGCAAACCCUCGACUUAAUGUUUAGCGGGGAGGUCAAGGAUCAGGAUAUCUAUCUACCUGCUGCCGGUCUGCGUGGCCACGCCGAAGGUAUCGAAGCCCUGAGCAAAUGGUUGAUGGACAACUGGGACGCCCUUUACAUCAAGCUUCCUCCGGCACUUUCCAUGCUUGGAAGCAUGGUGUCCAUCUGCACGUCUGGCUUGACCAAGCCGGAGCAGCUGAAGCAGGUUGAGGACUUCUUUGCCAACAAGGAUAACAAGGGAUACGAGAUGUCGCUGGCGCAGAGCUUGGAUGCCAUUCGCUCCAAGAUCGCCUGGCUUGAGCGUGAUCGUGAUGAUGUAGCCGCGUGGGUCAAGGAACAAGGGUACUAG